AUGCUUGAGCGCUUCAUAAACACUUUAUAUCCUCUCAUCGAGGAACGUUCGCCGCUACCGGUCCUAUAUAUACCCGGGGCGUUCAUGGUACUAGUAUUCGGCUAUGCAAUAGGACCCGACCCAAUCCGGACAACUACCAUCAGCUUAUUGCUGGUCCUCUUCGCUCUCCGGAGGCCAUGCUACACCGUUGGUAACACGGCGCAGGACUACGGUCUUUCCGGCUGGUUCAUCGUUUUCGUACUAUUAUUCCUAGACUUCAGUGCUACGAACCCACGCUGGGUAGGUCGAAGAGAUGAAUCCUCGUCGAGAAAAGAUAACGAGAGUAUUACACGACGUGACCCCGAGACGUGGCCCCAACGCCUCGCGUGGGCGCUCCGCCUAGCUACGACCCUACGUGGCAUUGGAUGGGACUGGGAAGUCAAAAGCGUCCCGAGGCAUUUAGAGGCAGAUUUUUCACGCUUAAAAUUCGUGGGGAAGAGGAUGCUGGAUCUCGCCUUGCAUACUUUGGUAAAGUUAAUAUCCCUCUACAUCAUCGGGUUCUGCGGGGCGAUCCAGCAGGACGCACCAUCAUCAUCACCGUGGAUGGGUUGGCUUCUCAGAGUAGUUGAAAACUGGUGUGGCGCAAUAUGGUCCUGGAAUACGGUCGGUGUUGGGUACGUGGCCAUAUCAGCAAUUGCCGUCCUCCUGGGUAUGUCUGAGCCCUGGGAGUGGCCGCCAAUAUUGAAUUCAGUGGCGACGGCUACGAGUGUGAGGAGGACGUGGAGUGUCGCGUAUCAUCAAAUCUUGCGUAGGACCGUACAGCAACCCGGUAUCAGACUCGCACGACUCCUUGGUUUUAAGAAAGGCUCUAUCCCUUCUCGCUAUAUUCAACUUUACUUAGCAUUCUACAUUAGCUUUUGUAUUCACUGGUGGCAGCAGUAUGUGAUUACACGUGGGGAUAAGGGUGAGUUUGCCUUCUUCAUGAUGCAACCCUUAGUUAUUACUCUUGAGGAUUCCGUUCAAUGGGUUUGGAGAAAUGCUAUAAACCCUAAACGAAAGCAGGAUCUUCUCUGGUUUGAGAUUGCUGUCGGCUAUGCGUGGACGUUUACGGCUUUCGCUUUCACCCUAACGCCUUUCGUAAAGGGGAUGGUAGCAACGGGAAUUAUUGGCGGCAGCCCGGAGGAUGCUAUAGCGAUGUUACUUGGGCAGCGACACGGUGCCAAAUAUUUACAAUAUUGGCAUUAGGU